AUGGCCUAUCUAAAGGAUUGGAGGCGUGUUCGUCCAGACUAUAAUAGUUGUGUUACCAGUACCCGUGCUGUGCAGGAUGCGUGGACGAAGCCUGCUGCUGGUUUAUUAAAGUUAAAUGUUGAUGCUUCUGUUCAGCGAGAUACGAAUCAUGCAGGGCUGGGCUGGAUUAUUCGUGAUGACCAUGGUAUGUUCGUGGCUGCUCAAUCUGUCAUGUUUGCUGGAAUUUUCUCUCCCCGUGAGGCUGAAGCUUUGGCAGUUCGGGAGGCUUUAAGCUGGCUAAAGACUCACGGUUGGGAUGGGGUCGUUGUGGAAACUGAUGCUGAACUCUUGAUUACUAGUCUCCAUCGUCCGAAUCUUUCCCCGUUUGGUUUGCUUUUAGAGGACAUAAGUUUAUUGCUUUCAAGUUUUCAUAAUAUUGUCUUUCGUCAUAUUCGUAGGUCUGCCAAUUCUGUUGCUCACCUUUUGGCUAGAUAUGCUUUUUCUUAUUCUACUAGCAUGGCUUGGUUUGAUUCAGGCCCCUCUUUUAUUUCAGUUGCUGUAGCUCAAGACAUGAAUAUUUCUUAA